UCCUGCAUCUAAACAGGAGGCCUGGUUGAAUCAUGCGGCACACUCUGGGGGACGAUCCACAAAUCCGUGAGUACGGAUACGGAUUGAGAAAGCGUGGGCACGGUUUAUGAAUUUGUGGGUACAGACUGCAAAAACUGAGGGCACGGUUUACAAAUCUGAGAGCACGGAUUAGGAACUCGUAGGCCUACAGUUUAUAAACUGAUGCGAAACCGUCGCCGGAUUGUUAACUUCUUGGGCUCCGCAGGAAUCAGAGCUCGUCUCGAUGUAAUAGAAAAGCUCAACAAGACGUCGUCGGUGAGAGAAAGUCAGUAAACUGAAUUAUUGUUGGACUCAACUUUCAUCGUGUAACGUUACAGAAUAAUACAUUAACGUUAUAUGCUUUGAGUUAGUUAGUUGGUUAGUUAGUUGGUUAGUUAGUUAGUUAGUUAGUUAGUUAGUUAGUUAGUUAGUUAGUUAGUUAGUUAGUUAGUUAGGGGCGUGCAGAAACUUGUUGAUGCUCUACAGUUUAGUGAAGGCAAAAAAUAAGACACAAAAUAUAUAGGCUUUGUAUUAUUACUACAAGUAGCCUUAUCUACAUUCCUCUCAUGGUCGUAUUGUGCUGACAGGUCAUUCUCUCUUAAAGUUUUUAAAUCAAAACAAUAACCUUGAAUUUCUGCGGCUCUGACGCACUGCUGCUGCCGGACGUCAUCGGAAUGCAUUCUAUUCGACACGUCACAGUACUAGACGCUGCAAACCUCUACUGAAACUCGUGACUUGACAGCUGUUGAUUAGAGUGCAGUUUUAUAAUCUGUUAGUGUGCAGUUUUAUGAUCUACAGCUAUUGAUUAUUGUGCUGUUUUAUAGUCUAUUAGUGUGCAGUUUUAUAUCUGUUUGGAUCUGUUUUUAAGAACAGUUGAAUUGCACAUUGCAGCUAUGUACGGUUUCAGAUCAUACAAUUUGACCAGUAGGAUUCCUGCACAACCUGUGCGUGGUUUAGACAUGCCUUCACUGAGACCACAACCACCUUGUAGACUGAGACCACAUCCACCGUCUACACUGAGACCACAACCACCGUCUACGCUGCGACCUCAACCACCGUCUACACUGAGACAACAACCACCUUGUAGACUGAGACAACAACCACCGCCUCAACGACGCCCAGAAGGCAUUGCGACGACGAGGGAACCCACUCGCCAGAACAAAAUUAUGAUAAAUGAAAGGUCCCGGAUGUCCAGCCGAGGGCAGUAUGUCAAGCUCCCUCCUAUCCCCGGCUCUUCCCGAGAUGACAGCUCAGACCUCAGCCAGAGCUUUGAGAGAGUCCUCCGCCACCAAGACAACCUCAUUAAGAGCAUGGUGGAUGAGCUGUCUGAGAGGGACCAGCGGCGGUCAGAGCUGGCAAGCAGUUCUCGUCUGCAGGUGGACAGUCUGUUAGAGCGUCAUGUGGUUCGGCUGGAAGAACUAGCGUUCGACUUCAACAACAAACUCGAAGAACUUCGCUCAGAGUAUUAUACUGAGAGGGAGCUGAUUCUUUCACAGCAGCUGCAGGAGAUUGUGAAUUUGGAGAAGGCAAUAUUUUCCAUGGAAAAGCACAACGCUGAGAUUGAGGAUGAGGCGAGACGUGGCUAUAAGAGCAGUCGCGAACAAAUUAAAAGAAAGCACAAAGAGGAAUAUCAAAAUUUGAAAAAACAAACGGACGAGGUUUUGAAAAAAAGGCGAGAAGAGAGAAGAGUGCAUUUAUGACCAGGAGAAAAAAAAAUACGACUCUCUGCUCCUCGAUGUUGAGUAGGGAGAUAAAGAGAUUGAGGCACGGAACGGACUAUUUUUUAGCGGAAGCAUACAAUCGAUUUAAAUAAAUAAACUCUUUUUUAAAUAAUUAUUUUGAGUCAAAUUAUUGAUUUAUUUGGUAGGUAGACAUGUAUUAAGUGGGAUAAUGUACAGCGAGGCGGUUGUUAUAGCGAAUACAACCCCUUCAGAUUCAGGCUGAUUCAAGACCCCUCCGCUUCGCGUUGGCUCAUAAUCAUCUGCCUCGCUAUACAUUAUGCCUAACUUAUUCGUUCAGCGUCCUCCAACAAGGACAGGUGGUGGUGGGGUCAUAAUGUUCACAAUUGUAUUUUAUUAGUUGUUGGUUUAAUCAUGGAUUAAUGGGUAAUGGCUGUUAUGUUAUUUUAAUUUCAACGACUUUUCUUGUUACAUGUUGAUUGCUGGAUUUAUAGAAAAAUAUCAAUCAAUAUUGCAUAUCCAUAAUUAUUAUAAUGGAUAAAAUUAAAGAAUCCUUACACUAUAAAGUAAAUUCAAAGUGUAACGCAAAAAAAAACCCCGGAUGUUUACGCCUAUUUUGAAUUUGAAUACAAAUACUU